AUGGUUGGAGACACACUAAAACUUCUGUCUCCACUGAUGACAAGAUACUUCUUUCUGCUUUUUUAUUCUACUGAUUCUUCAGACCUCAAUGAAAAUCAACAUCCCCUAGAUUUUGAUGAAAUGGCUUUUGGAAAAGUAAAAUCAGGGAUUAGCUUCCUCAUUCAGACUGGAGUUGGGAUCCUGGGAAAUUCCUUUCUCCUUUGUUUUUAUAACUUAAUUUUGUUCACUGGACACAAGCUGAGACCCACGGACUUGAUUCUCAGCCACCUGGCCUUGGCUAACUCCAUGGUCCUUUUCUUUAAAGGGAUACCUCAGAUAAUGGCAGCUUUUGGAUUGAAAUAUUUGCUGAAUGACACUGGAUGUAAGUUUGUCUUUUAUUAUCACAGGGUGGGCACAAGAGUUUCCCUCAGCACCAUCUGCCUUCUCAAUGGAUUCCAAGCCAUUAAGCUCAACCCCAGUAUAUGCAGGUGGAUGGAGAUCAAGAUUAGAUCCCCAAGGUUUAUUGACUUCUGUUGUCUCCUCUGCUGGGUCCCCCAUGUCUUGAUGAAUGCAUCUGUUCUUCUAUUAGUGAAUGGCCCACUGAAUAGCAAAAACAGUAGUGCAAAAAACAAUUAUGGAUACUGUUCUUACAAAGCAUCAAAGAGAUUUAGCUCAUUACAUGCAGUCUUAUAUUUUUCCCCUGAUUUUAUGAGUUUGGGCUUCAUGGUCUGGGCCAGUGGCUCCAUGGUCUUCUUCCUCUACAGACACAAGCAGCAAGUCCAACACAAUCACAGCAACAGACUCUCCUGCAGACCUUCCCAGGAAACCAGAGCCACACGCACCAUCAUGGUCCUGGUGAGCUCCUUUUUUGUUUUCUAUUCAGUCCAUAGUUUUCUGACAAUUUGGACAACUGUAGUUGCAAACCCAGGCCAGUGGAUAGUGAACAACUCUGUGUUGGUCGCCUCAUAUUUCCCAUCACGCAGCCCUUUUGUCCUCAUCAUGAGUGAUACUCGUAUCUCUCAGUUCUGUUUUGCCUGCAGGACAAGGAAAACACUCUUUCCUAAUCUGGUUGUCAUGCCAUGAGUCUUUUCUCUUCAUGGAAUUCAGCUAUUCAUCAUAACUCUUGCUAAGAUUUAGGAAAUAUUAACUACUAGUUAUUUGUGAUAGCAACAUACACAUGGCCAGUAAUGCUCUUGUCCAGGAAGAUCUAAUACCAGAGCUAAAAAUGAAAGUCAUGGAUACUGUUACACAAAGAACACUCUAUAUAACUGUGUUAAGUCCUUCAGACAAGUUCAGGAAAUCAAAAAGUUUAAAAAGGGAAUUCUUUAGAGAUUUAGGGGAGAUUUCUCAUUUUUGUACUAUGAAGAAUCAUGGAAUGUUUUAAAAAUAUUUUUAAAGCACAGUUUGAUUCAGGUGCUUCUUGAACAGCAUAAAUCCCCUGGAGAGUCCACAUGUAAGAAAGACAUGUGCAGGCUGGGCACAGUGGCUCACGCCUGUAAUCCCACCGUUUUGGGAGGCUGAGGCACUCCCAAAUGCCUCAAGUGAUCCACUCAAGAUGACCUGAGGCCAGGAGUUCGAGACCAGCCUGGCCAACAUGGCAAAAACCCCGUCUCUACUAAAAAUACAAAAAUUAGCCAACCAUGUGGCACACACCUGUAGUCCCAGCUACUCCAGAGGCUGAAGCACGAGAAUUACUUACCAGCUUGGGUGACGGAGGGAGACUCAAAAUAAAAAUAAAAAUAACUAAAAGUGGCUGGGCACGGUGGGUCACGCCUGUAACCCCAGGACUUUGAAAGGCUGAGGUGGGCAGAUCACUUGAAGUCAGGAGUUCAAGACCAGCCUGGCCAACAUGGUGAAACCCCAUCUCUAUUAAAAAUACAAAAAUUAGCCAGACAUGGUGGCAGGUGCCUGUAAUCCCAGCUACUCAGGAGACUGAGGCAGGAGAAUCCUUGAACCCAGUAGGCAGAGGUUGCAGUGAGCCGAGAUCACACCACUGCACUCCAGCCUGGGAGACAGGGCAAGACGCCAUCUCAAAAAAAAAAAAAAAAAAAAAAAGAAAGAAAGAAAGAAAGUGCCUCUGCACUCCAGCCUGGACAAUAGAGCAAGACUAUCUAAAAAAAAAAAAAUUAAAAAUCAAUAUCAAAAUAAGUGAGUAUUCUCAUAAGCAAGACAAGCCUAAAGAAAUGUGAGUACUAA